GUUCUAAGUGGGCUUCCAUACCAGGCAUGGGCGUGAACUAGACUGAACACGACAUCCGCACACCUUAGGAAAAACUGUUCGUCAUUAUGCUAAAAUGUGUUUUAAAUUGACCUAGAAAUACAUUUUACUUUAUCGCCAAUAAGCUUAUUAGUAUGUUAUUCCACGCGUAACACCGAUUGUCGCGUAUCUGUUUACAUUAAAAAAACGAAAAACCACAUGCUAAUUGAAACUAGCUAGUUGUUACAAAAAAUACCUCUGUAACAGACGGAUUGAUAAAAAUGGCUUUACCUGAUAACGACGGAGGUAUGACGGGAGGAGAAGGGGGAGACUCGGAUAUUCUGGCUAAAACCUGUUUAUUGGGAGGCUUCAGUGACAGCGAUGAGACCAAAACAAUCAUCUCCAGCCUUCCAGAAAUUCACGGGGAUGUGACAGCUACUGAAGUUACAAUGCAGAAGAUUUUGGUUAUAAUGAACAGAUAUCAAGAGCAACCACAUCUGCUUGACCCACAUCUUGAUUGGAUGGUGAAUAUGUUGCUGGAAUUUAUAAGAAGUGAAACAUCCCCACCGUCGUUAGUCCAUCUAAGCUUCAAGUUUCUCUAUAUAAUCUGCAAGGUGCGUGGCUAUAAAGUCUUCAUGCAGCUGUUUCCUCACGAGGUUGCUGAUGUUCAACCUGUUCUGGACCUACUAUUAAGACAAGAUCCCAAAGACAACGAGACCUGGGAAACCCGCUACAUGCUUUUAUUGUGGCUGUCAAUGACCUGCCUAAUACCCUUUGACCUCUAUCGGCUGGAUGGUCAUUUAGAGUCUGAUGGAGGACAUGCGAGAGAGUCAACUAUGGAUCGUAUUUUAGGCAUAGCAAAAUCUUAUCUGGUUGUAAGUGACACUCCUAGGGAUGCUGCAUCAGUACUGGUAUCAAAGUUCAUGACGCGCCCAGAUGUGAAGCAGAAGCGCCUAGGAGACUUUUUAGACUGGAGCCUUACCAUUCUUUCCCAGACCAAUGAUCAGUCUAUGACUGAUAUUAUGGUUCUGGAUGGAAUUCUGCAAUCUCUGGCCAAACUCUUGAAGCAUGGAAAACGAGAUGAUCUCCUUCAGUAUGCUCCUACAGUACUUCAGUCUCUUAAGCAGAAACACUUGUCUGACAGUAACCAAGCCAUGCUGCGGAAACUAGGAGUAAAACUAACCCAGAGGCUUGGCCUCACUUUUCUCAAGCCACGUUUGGCUUCUUGGAGAUAUCAAAGAGGAAGUCGUUCACUUGCUGCUAACCUAUCCAUGCCCCAGUCAUAUCCUGUUAGUCCUAAUUUAGAGCCACAAGAAUUGGAUGAGGACUAUGAUAUUCCAGAGGAGGUGGAGACUGUGAUUGACCAUCUUCUUGUAGGACUGAAAGAUAAGGAAACCAUUGUGCGGUGGUCUGCAGCUAAGGGUAUUGGGCGUGUGACUGGAAGACUUCCCAAAGAACUGGCAGAUGAGGUGGUUGGAUCAGUGUUAGACUGCUUCAGCUUUCAGGAAACUGAUAAUGCUUGGCAUGGAGGCUGUUUAGCCCUGGCAGAACUGGGCAGGAGAGGGCUUCUGCUCCCUUCUAGACUGAAAGAUGUUGUGCCACUGAUCAUCAAGUCUCUGACCUAUGAGGAGAAGCGGGGAGCCUGCAGUGUGGGCUCCAAUGUGCGGGAUGCUGCCUGUUAUGUUUGCUGGUCUUUCGCCAGGGCCUAUGAACCUAAGGAGCUCACGCCUUUUGUUAUACAGAUCGCAAGUGCUCUGGUUAUCACAGCUGUGUUUGAUCGAGAUGUGAACUGUCGCCGAGCUGCGUCUGCUGCCUUCCAGGAGAAUGUUGGCAGGCAGGGGACAUUCCCUCAUGGCAUUGACAUAUUGACGGCAGCAGAUUACUACUCUGUUGGUAACCUCAGCAACUGCUAUCUGAACAUAAGUGUUUAUGUAGCCAACUUCCCCGAGUACACGAAAGCACUAAUUGACCAUUUGAUAGAAAUGAAGAUUAAUCACUGGGAUAGUGUUGUAAGAGAAUUUUCCACUAAAGCACUCCACAACCUGACACCACAAGCCCCUGAAUAUAUGGGAACUACAGUACUUCCGCAGCUCUUACCGGUGGCAGUGGGCAUCGACCUUCAUAGUCGCCAUGGAGCCAUUUUGGCUUGUGCGGAAAUCACACAUGCUUUAUAUAAGCUGGGCCUGCAAAACAAUAGAUCGGUGGUUGACAUAAUUUCUUCUGAGUGUGUAGAAGGAUUGAAAAAUAUUCAUCAGAUGAUACAUGACAGAAAGCAGUACAGGGGUUACGGCGGAGAGUUGAUGAGACCUGCAGUGUGCUGUCUCAUUGAAAAGCUUUCCCUUUCCAAAUUGCCUGUUAAGGAUGACCCAGUCAUUGGUGGCUGGCAGUGGUUAAUUGAUGACACCAUAAAAAAUCUUCACCUCGUGUCCAGUGGAGCUCUAGAUAACAUUAUGGCUUCUGUUGUCACUGCAUUAUCUGCGCUAUGUGAGGAGUACUACCAGAUCGAACCAGGCCAAGAUAAUUCUGAAGUGCAAAAUGUUUUGAUAUCUCAGUACAUCAACGGUCUCCAGAGUCCACAGAUGUUGACACGCUGUGGAUCUGCCCUGGCUCUUGGUGCUUUGCCUACAUUUUUGAUCCAUAGCAAAAUGAAGCAGAUCCUUGAAGGCCUACGACAGAUGUCGGUAAAGAGCCAAGAAGAAGGCAACUUUACAGAAGCAAGGAGAGAUGCAAUCAAGGCGAUUUCUCAGGUGUGUGUGAAAGCUGGAGUCUGUGCUGAUGGAUGCCCAGAUUCAGUUCUAUGCUCAGAAAACCUUCCAGAGGUGUAUGAAGUGUUGCUUAAUAGUAUGAGCGACUACACCACUGAUAGUCGAGGGGACGUGGGGGCCUGGGUGAGAGAGGCGGCAAUGACAAGUUUGAUGGAUGUGACUCUGCUAGUGUCUGGCACUGCUCCAGAAAUCCUUUCACCGGACUUGGUCAGGCGUAUGAUGUGCUGCUUGGCACAACAGGCUGCAGAGAAGAUUGACCGCUACAGAGACCACGCUGGCAACAUCUUCCUUCAGCUACUCCACAGCAAUGACCCUGUAAUACCACACAUUCCCCACCAGGAGGAGCUGUUGGCCAUUUUUCCUUUAGCGACCAAAACCACUCUGAACUGGAAAGCCCCGUCCCAGGCCUUCCAGUACAUCACCCGCCUGUUGGGCCUGAGUCACUAUCAGUACCACACCCUGCUGGGCCUCACUGUGUCCGUGGGCGGGAUCACAGAGUCCACAGUGCAGUACUCUUCCCAUUGUUUAUUAGAGUAUCUAAAAGGCAUCCAAAAUGACUGCACUGCUCUCACUCAAUUUGGAGAGUCCCUUUUAAGCAUUUUUAGAGACAAUCUUCGUAAUGACAGAGUAUCAAUUCCAUUCCUUAAGAUGCUUAACCUGAUGCUUGCAAACAACUGCUUUGAAAUAUUCACCACAGAAGAGAAUCACCCGUUCUGUGUGGAGCUUUUGACCCUUUGCAAAGAAAUCAAAAAAUCUAAAGUUAUUCCCAAAUUGCGUGCAUGCAUCACAGUGUUUUGUGGCUUGAUCCAGUUCCAAGGUGAUGUAAGAAACAAAGUUCUUACUCAGUUGCUGAUGUUACUCUGUCAUUCUUUUCCUGUGAUCAGAAAGACCACAGCCAGCCAAAUGUACGAGAUGCUGCUGACCUACGAUGAUGUCAUUGAGCCCGAAAUACUGGAUGAUGUCAUGACCUCGUUAAGUGACACAAACUGGGAGAGCGACCUCGCAACUGUACGAACCCACAGAAAUCAGAUUUGUGAUUGGUUGGGACUUCCACAGCCACAAGUGAUAGCUAAGGUGAGCUGUUUAUCCACUGCAUGUUCCUAGAAGAACAACAGAGAUGGGUGAAACUGAAACUAGUGUGUGUAAACUCCAGGGAAAUGGCCUCUAUUGGACCGCUCUGGCAGCAGAUGCAGAUUGUUACUGGCCUGGCCUCCCCCUGGGUCACAGGCAGACCUACUUUCUCCGCUCCACUGGAGGUGCCACAGUCUGGAGCAGUCCCAGCCCCGAUAGCACUGCCCCUAUGGUCACCUAUGGAGCAACGGUUUGGUCUUUCAUCAAUAGACCAUGCGUUUCAUUAGCAGCUCAUAGCAGCAACAUGUGAGAUAGUUUAAUGCUCUACUUUAACAAAAUUAUUGUAGUUUUACAUACACAAAAAAUAGGUGAAUAGCAUUUUAAUACAUUUUUGGGGGGCUUACAGAACUAAAAUAGUUCUGUGUACCUAUAUGAAUGUAUUGCUAAAUAAGAAGAUCCCUGUUUUAGUCCUUGAUUUGAGCACUGUAACCUCACAGUUGGUUUCUCUCACUAUAACUGCUAUAAUUUUGUACAGUGACAAAUCCUGUUUUAUUCAAAUCCUUAUUUUUACAAUAGGUAAGAAUCUGUUUCAUACAGUAGUGAUCAUCUAGUGCCAUUAUCUAUGUUUAAAAGUUUAAGCUAAUUACCUUGCUCUAUGGGAUUUAAAAUCUUAUGGGGAAAAGCCCCAAUGAAAUCUGGAAUUUUGUAGCAUGAAAUUCAUAACGAGAGCAUGUGGAUACAAUUACUUUUCAUGAAAUUCAUCAUUAACAGAUCUAUCAAUGCUCAUAUUGUUCCUAGUGAAUUUUAAUAACCUUUGAGUAAUAUCGCUGUCUUAGCUUAGGCAGGCUGUUGUAUAUUUGUUAUUUGGUCCCCUUUUGCCCUUUGUUGCUUCCCAUGGGAGCUGCUGAAUUCCUGGGUUUUUCAGUAUUGCUAUUGUCCAUAAUUCGACUUUAAUUAAUUCCAGGCUGGUUGGAAAUUCCUAAUGAAAACUAGUGUCUUUCUAUGAAUGCAGGUGAAUUGACAGCAGAGCUUUGCUACAGUGCUCAAGGUAGACAGGAAUGCUAAUAAUUCGAAAAGGCUUACAGUCGGUCUGCAGUAACCAUAGUGAUUCUUCAAAUACAAUGGUGCCCUUUUAAAGUAGAGGGAGAAGGGAGGGGCUUAAGAUCAGUGAUUCAUUUUGGUGUGAUAUUCAGAAAGACUCUGGACUUUGCUCUGUUGACUGUUUGGAUAUUUGUGUUCUUAAUUUAGGUGGGCACUGAGGGUUUUUAGAUAGUAUAGUAUUGUUCAUUUGAACCAUUAUUAUUAUAUUAUAUAUCAUUACAAAUUAAUUGAAAAAGAAACAUAAAUGUGAACACGACUUAGCUUUUCCACCAUUAACCAUUAUGCACUCCACCCUAUUCAGUAUGUACUUUUAGGCAUUCAUUUAGAGCAGGUAUCUAACCUAUGACCCGAGGACCAAAUGCAACUCUCUGAUAAUUUUUUCCUCCCCUCUCAGGCUUUCUUGGUAAACUGCUCCAAAUUAUCAUAAGCAGUACUUUUACUUCAAGUUUAGAAAACCUCCUCUAUAAUAAUCACAGAGAGAAACGUGUGCGACAGACCAUCUAUUUAGGUUCCAAGUUUGAGUAAACAUGUGGUGACUUGGUCAAAUGUCUGCUAAUUGCACCAAUUUGAAUGAUUUUUAAUGCUAUGUGUAUGUUUGGAAAUGUGACAUCACUUAUUUCGAGGCUUGUAAAUCUCAGUAUGUUAAGAGGUGAAAGGUGUUAUAGGAUGGAUAGGGGAGCAGUGGUUUUAGCAUUUACUGGAGAGCGGCAUUCAACUCAGCCAACAAAUAAAAACUAAAUGUAAAUGGAAUUUAUGUGGAAUAUACGUUCAUACAAAGUCUACAAAAUGUCUGACGUGUAAAAGAUCAUGCACCCCUGAAUGGACCUAUAAUCUGAUGGUUUAUAUGAUCAAUCAUAGGGCUUUAUUCAAUCACUGCAGAACAAAAUCCAUAACUCUCAUUGCUUAUGAUUCUGAUUACUGGACAAUCUUGUUUACAUCAUGUGUCAUGUCUGGUCUCUGACAUGGGACAGUUGUGCACUUUUUAAGAAAUGGGACAUGUUGCUUGGGGACAUUGUGUGAUUCCAAUUUUCUACAUCCUGAUGUGUAUCGAGAUCAUGGGAGAACAUGUAAUGAAAAUCACAUCCCUUUUGAAAUGUAUUAGUGGAAUGUCAUGGAUACAGAAUAAUUGUCCUCAGAGGAACUCUUUUUUUGUGUCUCUUACAGGCAUCAUGUUGUGCAGGAUUUCUUAUGUCAAAUGUAAUCAGACAGUGCUUACAUUGCCAAAGCAUAAAACAAAUGGACAUAAUUGUAUCUGGAAGGGCACCUGGCUUAAACCCAAUGCGGAUUUUCUUAAUUAUAUUUUUAAAUUCUUAAAAAAACAUUUACAAUAACACAGAUAACACACAGAUACUUCUACAUAUUACACUAAUUCUAUAUCUCCUAUAUCUUGUAGUUCUAUUUUUAACUUGACUUUUAUUAUACAUGGCUAUUAUCUGCUUAUUUCUCCCAGGUGUUUCUGCUGUGGGUCGUAUGGCUUCAGCACCUGGGGACCAUUGCCCCUCUAUUAGUUUUAUUAGUUUUAUAGUUUUAUGAGUCAUUUUAAACAGACUAGCAAUUAUUGGAACCCUAAUUGAAGUCAUCUAUUUAUACUGCUUAGUCUGCAACUGAAGCAAUACGGACCCAGGGUAGCGAGAGCGUUCCCAAACAUGAGAAUAGACAAAACACUGACCAAAUCAGAAAGGAAAGAAAUUGCAGUACUUGUAUUCAUACACUUUACCCCUUUACAUAAAUAGCAUUCACAGUAAUUACACGAUUGAUUGAAAUAGAAGAAACACUGUCAUUAUGAAUAUGACAGCUGAUGCGGUGUGCUUUCAGGAAACCGCAGGCUUUAAAAGUUUCCAAAAAGCCAUAAUCUACAGCACACCAAGCAUGCGCUGUCGGCCGAGCAAAUUACAACCUUGUCUGGAAUUAUAGUGAUUUGGAAAUGCUCUCUGGUGGAUAAGAGGGGAAUAUGGGUUAAUUGUUGCGCUUGUGUCCUUUUUAUAGACCGCAAGUUAAUGGCACAUACAGGGGUAUUUAUAUUCAAACACACACAGAUGUCGAAAGAUACAUGGGCUAAUUGAAUAUAAGGUCAAUUUUGUACUGCAUGUUGUUUUGAUUGCCUUAGGGAUCGCAAUUAAGUCCAUUUGCUUCAUAAUGGGGACUUUGUAUUUCAAACCCACCGUCUUAAAAGUGAUCUAACCCUUCGUCAUGGUCUAUUUCCUGCUUCUUAUUGCUUUCAAUGGUUGUUUUAAAUAGUUGGCUACCUCCUAUUAGCUGUUAAUGUUUGGUCUUGGAAAUCUUGUGGCCAUGUUAUGUUGCUGUAUCUCUUUGACCUAUAAGACUUUGGCAUGGAUAUAUUCUUUUAACACAUGCUAUGGGUGGGUAUAGGGAGGAGGUUGUUGGCCAGCUGGUUUGUUUGGGUUAAAAAUGAUACGCUCGAGGCCUGCUCAGUGUUACUUGUGACCGUCUGGAAAAUGUCUUGUAUCUGACGAAGGACGGCUGCCCAAAUAUCAUCACUUAAAGUUGUCAAGGUCUUCUUAAUUAGAUAAGAUUAUGGGUUUGUUUUCACAGUAGUUUAAAAUUAGCCCCUUAGAUAAGUUGAUGUUUCCUCUUCUUUUCCCCUUAUAUAUAUUUUUGUAAUUGAUUUUACAAAAAAAAAAAAAAAACACUGUUGCAAGAUACUAAGCCUACUUUUUUGUACUUGCACUUGGGGGGCUUCAGGGUGGAUUCACACCUGAUAAUACAAGGUUCAGACUUAGAACUUAAAAAUUGUUAUUUCCUACCCUUACAUUUGAAACAUUACACUAACAUUCUAACAGUAAAUGUGUGCUCAGCUCACUUUAAAGGUCCUAUAUUACACAAACUUGAAAGUUGUGAGCUUUAAGCUAUGUUAUAAUGCUGACGUUUUUGAUACCUUAUCAAAAACAUGCCCAGAGUUAUGUUUUGUUACACUUGACACAUUUUUGAGUAAUCCUUUACUUUUACCAUAUUUUCCGCACUAUAGGGCACUCUGGAUCAUAAGGGGCACUGUCAUUGAAUGGUCUAUUUUCAAACUUUUUUCAAAUAUAAACCACACUGGACUAUAAGGUGCAUUAAACGAAACACAACAGUUAUAGGUAACUCAGUCAAACUUUAUUUAACGCGUUCACAUUAACUCUCAAAAAAUACUAUCUGAGAGCGCUAAAUUGUUAGUGUAUUCACAAUAACUCAUAAUUGUUCAAACAGUUGGGCGAUUACGGCAUCAAGUACGCCCGCAUCCCUCUCGUCAUCCAAGUCAGAGUUGUUACUGUUACGUGGCAGUUUAGUGAUGAUUCUGGUGUUGGUGAAAGCUCAGACCACAGUUGAUACUGAUACCUUAGCCCAGGCAUCUACGAACCAUGGGCAGAUCAUGGCGUAAGUCGCUUGGCACUGUCUCCCUGUCUUGGUGAAUGUGUGUUCGCCUUCUCUCAUCCACUGCGCUCUGGAUUAUAAAGCGCGCUGUCAUUUUUUGAUGAAAUUAAAGGCUUUUAAGUGCACCCUAUAGUGCAGAAAAUACGGUACUUUGACUACAUCUAAUGCUCUAUUCCACCUUGUGAUGUCAUGAAGUGGUAGUUUACAAGCAAUGACAGCUACCUUUUAUCUUUCAGUAGAAAUUGGCAAUUCCAGGGCUGAAAUUAUCCAAAUGAUUCUAGUGAUGGUGUAUGGAGUUUGAAACUAAAAUAAUCUCAGUUUGAGAGAAGCCAAAAUACACAUUAUAACAUAGAUCAGGGCUCUUUAACCCCCAAAAUAUGUGUAAUAUAAAGAAGUUACAGGAGAUGCUGAUUCACAGUAUUUUUUGCCUUGGUUGAACCUCUCCAUGCUUUUCCUUGUGCUCUCUCAGUGACUGCAUGUGGACUGAUGUGGAGCUUGCGCCUCUGGUUCUGGGCAUGGGCCAGAAUGAGCUCACGCCUGGGACCGUCCAGCUGCUCCAUCUUAGCUCUGCUGCUGUACUACGGUUGUUUGUGACAUUUGACCCGGCAGCCGCUCUUGGUGUGAGGGUCUACAGGAAGUGUGACUUGGGGCCUGGAUGACCAUUGGCAGCCUCCUCAGUAGUGCAGACUCAGGCCUUCACUGUUCCCCACGGAGAGGCCGAAGUUUGUUCUGGACAGGCGCCAAAGUAGAGGGGUGGUGGUGGGGGGCACGGCCGGGUCAGCUCUCUGGGGUGGUCCAGCAGUUACGUGUGGAGAUGUGUAUGUGGGAUGUGCUCUGAGCCAUAAUGUUAAGCCUAUGUUUUGUUUUUGCAAGAUUCUAUUAUUUCUGAUUUAGUGCUAAGCUUCUGGCCAAUCAGACCGCUCCUCCUCCUUUCCUUGUAUCCUGGGAAUAAAAUAACUGGCAAAUAGUUUAUAGAUCAGUUGCCUAUUUUCAAAAUAUAUGCCUAAUUCUGAUCAUUAGAAAGUUAUGAUAGGCAAUUUAUAUAAAACACAAUUGAGUGAAGUCCAAAUUCAAAAUUAACUCAUGAGAGUUUAAAUUUGGUAGAGGGUGCAUAGGGUAGGGUAGAGGGUAUUUAUUCUUCGAUGCCGUUCUUAGACUUGCUUAAAAGAGCCCCAUGCUUCAUUACCAUUGUGAGUGGCGAGGUGCCGUGUUAUCAGCAAUAUCAGUCUUGAGUUAAGGAUCUCUGGAGUUUCUAAGGUAACAGUCGCUCAGAGAGAUAGCCCUGAGGGAGUGUGAUAGCGCCGCUCUGCUGGUCGAGGCUGUGUUAUUCAGAUUAUUCUGUCACUCAAUCGUCUCUGGGGCCUCGCGCACUCAAUCUGGUCUCAAUCUGAGGCACAAGCGCAGGGCCAAACUUAGGUCAAAAUGUAAAGAGCUACACCCCCCCUCUCCUCCCCCUCCCUCCCCUUCGCUCUUCUCCCUUUCAGUCCCCUCCUCCCCUCCUUGGUCUUGGGCUGCCUUUGUGGCCACUUCCUCUAACCCAGUACCCACUUGUGGCUCUGCUCUACAUUUGGUUUUCAUUAUGCGUCUCUGAAAGAGUUUGCUGAUGAUUACAAGGAGAUGCUCUCUAUGUUUUGCCUUCAGAUUGAGUCUUAUACAUAGGCACAGGCCGAUCAAAGGGCAGGGAAAGCUAUUUUUGCAAACUAAAGCAAUACUAAAGAAUAAAUGCUUUAGUCUACUAGAAAAGGACUUUAGUUUACUUUAGUUUGUUGCUUGUAUUACAGGUGUUUUUGUUGUUGUUGUUGUUGCUAAAAAUACCUUGGUAAACACACAUUCACAUGUUGUGAGUAGGUUUGCCUCUACACAGAUAUAACCCGUAACUUGGCCUGGCCUCAUUUGCUUGACUUCCUGUAAAGCCAUUUUAUGAAAAUUGGUACCAUCUCCAGAAGGAUUAUAAUCAAAGUAGUAUCGAACAUCAGACACUAAUCAAUACUAAAACUAAUACUGAAACUAGAUACUCACUAGAGCAGGUAUCGAUACUCAUACUUAUCGUCAGUCAUGUUCACAGUUUGUGAAUAGCUUUAGAAUGAUCUUGAGCUGUUUCAGAAAAAGUAUAAGACCACAUAGAACCUACCUGGACAUCUGUAGUAAUUUAAAUAAGUACUAUGAUUUAAUGUUGAAAAUGACUAUCCAUUGUCUAAAUAAGGAGUGUGUUUUUUUUCUUUUUUUCUUAUCAUCAUGGUAUCAGAAUCAAUAUUGAGUAUCAAAUCUAUUCCGCUUCAUACAGGUCAUACAUAACUUUAAUUUCUAAAAAUGGCUUGCUUUUGUAUUAAAUUUGGGCUACUUAUGUCAACCAGAAAACAAAAGAACAAAUCUAUUUCAUUUCAAUAUUUUAAAAAAUGCCAAUUGGCCGACCUGAGGCAUAUAUUUCCUUAGUUUAUCCCAAAAUAGCCAAAAACGUCUGUGACAUAUAGUAUAGGCCUUAUUUGGGGUUUGUGGGUCAACUCUGGGCCCAGUUGGAUUUAAUUACAGCUUUUGGCAGCUUAACACAGAGGUCACAAACACUGAUUCCAGAUCAUUGCUGCAGUUUCAUAAAACUAUCCUCAAGAAGUGCACACGGUCAAACUAAGUUCAUCAUAGUUCGUUGAAACUGUAUUUGACAAUUUUAGCUCUUUUAUUGUAUUGGCCCAGAUCUGCACCAGAGCCAUAUGUGUGUUUAGUGUCUAUAUAUAUGCAGCCAAAGAUAACAAUAUUACUUCUACUAUAGUUUUCCUUGCAGGAUUGCACGUCAAAUUGUUAUAUUUGAAAUAGUUCUAGUCAGAUUGUCUGUCCUGGUCCAUGUAUCCUGGUGUGGAACUGGUACAAAAUAGGCAGCUGUAGCAUUAGUCAUGUAAUACAAUAUGAUAAAACACAAGUAAGUGGUUUCCGCAAUUAGUUUUAUAGUUUUAUAGCUGGGCAAUGCUUUUCUUGGAUUGAACAAAGUUUAAUUAGUAGGACCACUUGUGCUUUUGUGGUUUGGACAUGUGAUAACUAACCAAUGUAGUUGACGUCUUUUUCUCAAGGGCACAGGAUAUUUCUGAACUUGUGACAUUGCAGAGCUCAUCACACGCCUCAUAUCAGAUUCUGCUCUGAUAUGUCUUAAUGUGCCUUUGUCUAUAGUAACCAUGUGUUUGUAUGUUAUUAAUUUGAUGGGACAGCCUGACUUCUAAUUUCAGCUUUUGGCAUCCCAGCUGUAAAUUUCUCUUUGGCAUGUUUACGUUCACAACUGUGUACGUUUUUGACAGUUUUUAUUCAGAAAAGCUGUUUUAAGCAUAUUCAGUUCAAAUAUGAUGACGUGUUGAGCUAUCUGUGCGUGGUUAACUUGGCGUGCCGCUGUACCAGUAAAGGUGGGCAGUAUAUCUAAUUAUAACUAUUAAAAAUGUUGUUUGGAUAUGCUCAUUUUUAAUAUUGAAUAUACUAGUAUUAUUUUUAGUUAAAAAAAAUAAAAAAUCUGCAAUCCGUGCAAACAAAGCUAACUGAAAAGCUGCUGUCAUCUUUCAAACAAGAGUAAAGUGAUAUUUCUGCACUUUUGUGGGUUUUAUAUAUAUUUUUCCCCCACAUUUGUCUAAUACCCAUUUACAAUAUGUUGAAGCACAUUUCUGGAUUGCCAAAAUAUCUGAUUACUCCUGAUUUUCCCCCCAGUAUAUCUCAGCUAUUUAUUAUAUUUAACUUUUGAUGUCACUGUGGCUGUACAAUGUGCAAAGGUCUAGUUCCAUGUUUCUAUAGAGCGUAGCAGUGUCGCCUGCAGCCCUUGUUGUCUUUAGUUUUAGUAGUUCAUGGCUCAUUAGCGACCGGCCUCCUGUGAAUGGCGGGAGCAGUUACAACGUGGCAGACGUGUGCGGGUUAUUAACAUGAUAAAUAUCUCUGUGGCCGGAGCGGUGCCAGCCACUUGUGGAACAUGUGUUUUGCAUAAACUAACUCGGAGACUGUCGUUUGGAAGGGCUUCACUUAAAGAGGAACCCAGACCAGCCUGGUUAUUCUAAGGGCCCACUUAUUAUAUGGUCCAGAUGAUUUAUAAUCCUUAUGGUGAAGUUGGUUAAAACCUUUUAAGAUGGUGAAAUGUGUGAACGACAUUAUCAGGACAUUUUUGUUUUAAGGCGAUGGCUCACAAUACAUUACAAUGUCAUUUUUACAGUAAAUUUUAUUUAUUUUCUUAGACUGAUGCUUGGCCUUUACUUUGAAUAUAAAUCCAUUCUUAAUCAGUUUAUUCCUUAUUCCUUGGUUGACUGUGGAGACAAGCAGGUGAAAUACGUAUCACAUCUGUGGAGAGGUGACCCCGCCCAGUAAGAAUGCUUUAAAUUAUUUAUUUUUGCAAUAAAUACAUUUGAAAUUUAAUACAAAUACAGAUACAUUUAAUGACAUACUGUGGAAUAUUACAAGCAAACAUGUCUGUGGUGAUGGAACCCUCACCAGAAAAAUGACAUAGUACACCUUUAAGUAAGUGGAAGUAUAGUUUUUUUUUUCCUCAGGGUUUAAUAUUUUAGUUUAGUUUUUUCUUCAAUAGUCAGAUUGAUGGUGUAGCCGCAGAUCACUGACAUGAACCUAAUAAAUGUUUUCCAAUCAGAGGAAUUCAGACAUCCGCCCGCACCAGCUUCACUUCUCUAUUUUAGGAUCUCGAGCGAGGGGUGUGUGUGGGGGUGGGAUUACACUCUAAUAUAUUUAAUCAUUCCCAUCCGCCGUGUGGGAUGUAGGCUCUGAAAGCUCCUCAGCUCCUGCUCCAGGCUUGUUUCCACAAGACACGUUCUCUGUGCACUUUAAAUGUCUGAAAAGACUUAACUGUACACCGCCACACACACUGGAGGUUUUGUGAAAAUGUCUUUGAAACAGGGGGUAUGUGCGUCACUGGUGUUUGAGCGGAGAAAUGUGUUGAGGGCAGGCUAAACUGAGCUCAGAAGAGAAGAAAAGGGGAGAGGUUUGGGUUAGUACAGGAAGAUAAGAGAGUGGAUGUGGCUAGUGCAGUCUACUGGGGCUUCUAUAUUAUGUGAAACUGACUCUUGUGAGCUUUAAACCAAGUUAUAAUGUUACCUCAACAGAAACAUGCUUGGAGUUGUGUAUUGUUUCAUUCAUAUGUGUUUACGUUACCCUUUAUUAUUAGUCUGUUUACAUCUGCAAAGCUCAAAAUGCUCUGUACCACCUUGUGAUGUCAUGUGGUGGUAGUUUUCACCUCCUGUUGAACACCUCCGUUUACCUUUUGUUUAGUAGAAAUGGGCAGUUCCAGGGCUAUACUGAUCCAAAUCAUUCUGGUGAAAGUGUAUUUUUAAAGUGGAGUGGAUGCAGGAAGUGGAGCACUUCCUGUAUCAACACAUGUCAUCACAAAGUGGAGUAUUGUCUGUUUGAGAAAAAAACUCGCGUAAAUAUAAAAAAUAAAAGAAAUCAUAAAUAUGCAUGGCCUGUGGUUAAACAUACGUGAAAGAAACAAAACACAACUCUAGGUAUGUUUUUAAUGAGGAUACAACAUUAAAAGGGAAAAGGGGUAUAAAGCGUUAUGUUUUGAAAGAUAUAGAGGUCUGGAAUGAAUGAAUUAUGCAUUAAAUUUAGUUUUUUUUUUAUUUAUAGUUUGUCUCUUAUAUUUACAGUAAGUCAUAACUGAAAUUGUAUAUGUUAACUUGCUGUUCAUAUGCUGUUUUUUUCUUGGAAUUCUGUCAUUGUUUAAUAGGGUUAGGCAUUAUAAGUACUUUUUUACUUCAGCCUAAACCCUUUCGGUCAUGAUCUAUGGGAUUGGAGUCUGUGUUUUGUUUUGUAGUGCUGCAAAAUGACUGAAUAAACUACUACUACUACGGAUCAAAAUAGCAACACCUUUCUUCAUUCAUAGUCCUUCAUAAAACUAACCUUGUAUUUUUCUGGAUUAUUCCCUGUAAAUAAAGUCUUCCUGAAGUGAUUACUGCUCAUCAA